GGCUGGGCUGGGCCGGGCCGGGCCGGCCCGGGGAGGAGAGGAGAGGAGAGGCGGCGGCGAUGGCCAUUGUUUGCCUGCGGGUUUUUUCCCCCCUUUCUCCUGCUCCGGUUCCGUGCACCGCACAGUUAUAAAAGCAAAAGCAGGGCAGGCGAAGACAUGGCCGAGCUGGGCAAGGGGGUCACCGCGGGCAAGAUCGCCAGCAACGUGCAGAAGAAGCUGACCCGGGCGCAGGAGAAGGUCCUCCAGAAGCUCGGGAAAGCCGACGAAACAAAAGAUGAGCAGUUUGAACAGUGCGUGCAGAACUUCAACAAACAGCUGUCAGAAGGCAGCAGGCUGCAGAAAGACCUUCGAACUUACCUGACUUCCGUCAAAGCAAUGCACGAGGCCUCCAAGAAGCUGACCGAGUGUCUGCAGGAAGUGUAUGAGCCGGAGUGGCCCGGGAGAGACGACACGAACAAAAUAGCAGAGAACAAUGACCUCCUCUGGACAGAUUUCCAUCAGAAGCUUGUGGAUCAGGCGCUCUUAACCAUGGACACUUACCUUGGCCAAUUCCCGGACAUCAAAUCUCGCAUCGCCAAGCGGGGAAGGAAGCUCGUGGAUUACGACAGUGCCAGACACCAUUUUGAAGCCCUACAAACCGCGAAGAAGAAGGACGAAACCAAAAUCGCCAAGCCUGUUUCGCUGCUUGAGAAAGCUGCGCCUCAGUGGUGCCAAGGGAAACUACAGGCUCAUCUCGUUGCUCAAACUAAUCUGCUCCGAAAUCAGGCUGAAGAAGAGUUGGUAAAAGCUCAGAAGGUGUUUGAGGAGAUGAAUGUCGAUCUGCAGGAAGAGCUGCCUUCGCUAUGGAAUAGUCGUGUUGGUUUCUAUGUCAACACAUUCCAGAGUAUAGCGGGCCUGGAGGAAAACUUCCACAAAGAAAUGAGCAAGUUGAACCAAAACCUCCAUGAUGUCCUGCUGAGUCUAGACAAGCAGUGCUCCAGCAAUGCCUUCCCUAUCAAAGCUCAGCCAAGAAAGAAAGCUAAGCUGUUCUCGAGGCUGAGGAAAAAGAUGAGCAGCGACAGUGCCCCUGCAAAAGCAAACAAAAGCCCUUCGCCUCCACCGGACGGGUCCCCGAUCACCAGCCCCGAGACCAAGACUGUCAACCACGAGCCGGAGCCGUCCUCCUUGGAGACGCCUGGGGCAGGCAUCCCAAAGUCGCCAUCUCAGUUGAGGAAAGGUCCUCCCGUGCCGCCACCUCCAAAACUCACCCCGUCCAAGGAGAUCAAGCAGGAGAACAUCAUCAGUCUGUUUGAUGACAAUUUUGUCCCUGAGAUAAGUGUGACCACCCCCUCGCAGUUUGAUGCCCCUGGGCCCUUCCAGGAGGGAGCCAGCCUGUUGGAUCUGGAUUUUGAUCCCAUUAAACCAGAUGCCGGUGUGGGGAAGGCACCCACACCCGUCUCCCAGCCUGAAAAGACUUCCUCUAGCAGCAUGCAGUCUGUGGAUCAGUGCGAUAGCGCCUUUGCUGUGGACUGGCCCAGCCAGCCCACGGAGACCGAGCCUGCCCAACCUGCAGACGCCGCUUCCGGCGGAUCCGAAGCAGCUGGGACAGCAGCAGCGGCAGCUGGAGCCGAAGCACCUAAAACCGAAGCUGACUCAGGAUCUGGCUCUGGCUCUCUGCCUGCUGUAGUUGUGGAAACUUUCCCAGCCACUGUCAACGGGACCGUGGAAAGCAGCGGUGCCUCCGAAAGGGCCGACAUGCCACCGGGCUUCCUUUUCAAGGUCCAGGCCAUGCACGACUACACGGCCACGGACAGCGACGAGCUGCAGUUGAAGGCAGGCGACGUCGUGCUAGUGAUUCCCUUUGAGAACCCCGAGGAGCAGCUGGAUGCAGCUGUCAGAGCUAAGAAGUCACGACUGGUCCGGCUGCACAAGGAUGAAGGAUGGCUGAUGGGGGUGAAAGAAGCUGAUUGGCUCCAGCAUAAGGAACUUGACCAAUGCCGGGGGGUUUUCCCGGAGAACUUCACGGAGCGCGUGCAGUGAGAGCCCGGGUACCAGCUGGUUCUUCUGCAGGAAGAAAGCAAGUUUUCUGGGACAUGGUUUAGGAGGAAAAAAAAAAAAAAAAAAGAGAGAAUUUUUAAAGGAACAUAAACCUAAGAAGUGUCAACUUAAUGGGUGGGUUCUUCUCAAAGGGCAAGGUUUUAGAAGUAAAAUUGAAUUCAAAGUGUUAUUCAAAUAUAUACAUAUUAAUAAUAAUAAUAAUAAUAAUAAGGCAAGACAAAUACCCCUUCCCCCCUUUGAUUUAACAGCAUUUGAAUUCAGAGGGCUGAUUCAGAAGUGACGCAGUGUGGUUCCAGUAUGUACUGUGUUGGCUGGAUUUGGGGGAUGUCGGUUGGGUACCUGGGAAAGGCGACUGUCCCGGAGACGGGAAGCGCCGAUGACUCCCGGGUGGGUGGGUUCAGCUGGCUUGUGCUUGUGGCUGCUGGCAUGGCAUCCGCAUCCCUGACGAUUCAGACUCCCCAUAUGUUAGGACCUUUGGUAGGCCAAACAUCCCGUUAUGCUGUUGAAAAGACAUAUUUAGUGUACAGUGUUCACCAAUAUGAUGUGUGUGCGUGUGUGCGUGUGUGUGUUUUAUUUGCUUCCUUUGAAAACGUAACACGAACUGUGAUUUUAUACAUUUAAAGAACAAACCACCAAUGUUACCUGGGAGAGCGACACUCGGGAGGCAGUGCUCGAUCCCAAACUCCCCAAGACGCGGGAGGUGGAGCAUCGCAGCGAUCGUUGCCUUCCUGUGAAAUGUUACUUCAGGCAGAUCCUGGAAAUUAAGACAUUAAAAAAAGCUGAAACUCUGGAUUGGUUGGCACAAGUUGUGAAAUGGAAAAGAAAAAGAAACCCGAAGUAGAUUCGUAUCUAUACGGAGAGAGAGAGUGGUGGUCCCUGAGGCUUGCGGUUUAGCAAGUGCACUUUUAAGGGCAGGGGUGGGAACAGGAAAGUUUACAAAAGUGUAGCUGAGAAAACCAAUCUGCUCUCUGUGUUUCUGAUUGUGGGAUGCUUAUUUUUGGCUUUGAAGAAGCCUGUUAGACCUGCCUCCUCCACUGCUGUGCUGGGGAAUAAGUCAAAGACAGAGAAAAGCAAGCUAUUUUAAUCUUUAUGUAAGAGCUGCAUGACUUUAUCCUAUCCCCGUGAGUUAGAAAAGGAGGGGAUAACAACACGCCAUGUUCUAGUACUGACAGUAAUCUUCCCCACCAUUUUUAGCUCCCGGUUAGUUUUCUGGACUUGGUUUUCUUUUAAGCAACCAGGCUGCACGGCGUUUACAAGGGGCGCAUCGUGCUUGGCAAAAUCAACAGGUUCGAUCCUCCGAGACCCGCACAUCCCACAACGGUACUUUAAAUUUAUACUUGAACACGGAUGCCGCUGGGCAAGCAGAUCAGAUCUUUUGUUAGGUCGUUCCCUUCUGCCCCGACUCCUUUUUUUUUUUCCUUUAAAGGGACCCUUAGGGGUGAGGCUACCUCUUGCUCUCCUGGGACAAGAUCACUGUAUGAAAUGACCCUUCUAUUUAAUACCUGCUGGCAUUACCUGAGCACGCCCAGGAUGCUGGCCCAGUGACACUACUGACCCCCCCCCUUCUCCGACGCGCUCGGAUUUGCUUGUAGGAUAACAGGAAAACCAUCUUUCUAUUAUAGGUCAAAAGUGGACUUUUCUUCUCUUCAAGGGUCAGAUUUUGAUCUCGGUUACACUCCUGUGCGUUAAGGAGUGCUGGCGUCGUAUCUCUUUUAAGUAUUAUAGCUAAGUCCAGUGGGCCGAUUUCUGAAUCCUGCAUCGGCGUAAGCGAGAUCAGACUUGGACCCUUGGCCCCGGCUCCUUUCCAGAUUCUCUUUGUUUGCUUGUUUGUGUUUUGGGGGGGAAAAACACUUGCUGCAAUGGAUAGUCCUUUCUUCUUUCCCCUCUGCCGCACGCCCAUAUAAAAACUACAGCGUUUUAGAGCACACGCUCACAACACCGCAGCCCUGGACGCAGCGGGUGAUGGUGCUGUGAGCCGCUGCUAUAGCAUAUUCUCCUAUUUUUUUAAAUCAAGGUCGUCUUGAUCAUCCCACCGUCCUUUCAAAGCUCUAUUUUUAUGCAUUUAUAUGAACCCAGUUACUCCUUCAAAGAAUAAUGUUAGAAAAAAGUUAUAAAUUUAUAUAGAAAUAUAUAUAGAUAGAUAUAUAAAAAUAUAACAUAGUGGGUUUAUCCAGUUUACCAUCAAACUCUUGGCUUAAAUAUGUUUAUUUUUAUGCAAAACCAGUGAAUUAUUCUAUCUUCUUUUUUUUUUUUUAAAUAUGACAAGAUUAUAAGACCCAGAUCUCCAGUUUGUUUCUCAAGUAUUCGUUUUCGUGGUGAGGAGCACCAUAAGAAGCUGUGCCGACUUCUAAUUUAUUGUGGAUUUCUUUUUUGUCUUCUGUUUUAAAAACCAGCAUGUCACAAGAAAAACCCUUUCUUAGGACUUUUCAUUGUAUGGAGCUUGCAAAGCAUCUAUCCAGUACUGUAUUGUCCCUCGCAGAAGUGGCACUGAGCAUCUGCAUGGUGGGGAUGUAGCUUUCAGGUGUAUUUAAACGCGCCCAGGCACUGCUAGAGGGUAAAGGGGAAGUAUUGCUCCAGAAUAAAAUGGCUCGGAGUAGAACGCACGUUCCAGCCGCACAACGUGCAUCCCGUAAGUCCAGGUCCUGCAUUACUCAGUGGGACCGUAGGGUAGCUGAGGAGUGCAGGAUUGGACCCAGGUUUUUCAUAGGAGCUGCAGCUUAGUAAGAGGCCGCUGGAUAUUGCAUGUAGUGUAGUGUAGCAAACUGGCCUGGCUUCCACGAGCCCGGUUGAAGCCCUGGUGUAGCUCACCAGAGAGCUCCAUUGAUUUCACCGCUGUUACACCUGCUUUGCCCCAUGGCUGUAUUUGAUCCUCCCCAGUGUGAUGAGCCCCCAGUCUGUGCUGUGCUGGUUUAGUACGACCUGAGACAGCAAACUCCCAAGCAGAGCUGGCCGCGUCGAUGCUUGCUCAGUUCGCUGGCUGAACUGAAAGGUAAGGAACAGUCGGCUUACCCAGCAGCGUAGCUCGGAGUCGAGCCGUUCAGCCCCAAACAAAACACCGCGGCGUGUUCUUGGGGGGAGCGUUUUCACUUUUGGGAGUCGUUUUCCGCACGUUUGGUUUUGAAGCUUGUUUUGAAAAAGCUAAAACGUUGCUUUAAAAAAAAAAAAAAAAAAAAAAGGAACAUUUUGCAAAAAGUCACAAUGCUUCAGUGUUAUUCAGCAUGGCCAGUAGUCUUGAUCCUCCCCCAAACUGCGUUCUGUGAAUGACCGAUUCAUCUGAAAAAGGUCACCCAGUUAGUCCCCGCCCUGCUAGCUGCCACAGCAGGCGCAUUUCUGGUCUGAGGGCUCCAGGUAAUCUACAUUUUCGCUGGCUGAGAAGUUGCUGUUGGAGAGUUUCACUGGGUGAAUAUAAGAGUGUUUCUCAUCCCUCAUCCCCAAAUGGUGUGGUAGGCAGUAUAAGGAAGGACCUCUUGCUCUUCUACUUUUAUCCUAGCUCUGUGCUCCCCUGGAAUUGCCUCGCAGUGUCCCAGAGGGCAAAGAUCACACGUUUCUAUGAUAAUGAAGGAGGCAAACAUUGUUCGCCUUCCUUCUGCUUCCAGCUUCCUUGAUAAUACCAGCAGUAUGAGUUUAUUAUGUGGAGGUCGAGGUUACAGGCCAGGAUGUCACUUGGAGGAUGUGUGGCUCCCACCUUGUCAGGUUCACCCUGGGGUGGCUUCUCUCACCUGCCUGCUAACGAUGGCGGGUGCAUUUCUUGGCUAGGAGGACCAUUGAGCUAUUCCAAGCACUCCAUGCUAGUCAUCCCUUGUAUCCAAAGGCCGUUUGUACACGCCAUUUUUUUGCCCUUUCUUGUGCUGCAGCAGCAUGACUGUUUGCAUGACCGGGUUUUCCGGACGCUUUUGAAGUCUUUCUAGUGCAUUAAAGUAAAACUUCUUGGGCACAGUUUAGUUUGGCUCGCUGCAACUUAAAAUGUUGCAUCCAUGGAUUCAUUGCGUGCAAACAGAGGCAUUCAGAGACAUGUAAUGAGCCUUUUUUUCUACCAGAUGGCACUGCAACUUUUUUGUAGUUCACCCCUUAGAA